UGUUGGAAGAGGGCUGAUGUGCUUCUCACUUUAUUAUUUUUUCAUAACGACAGGAAUUUGCAAUUCGUCAAAGUAUUUGAGGUAUGAAUUGGAUAGGUGCCCUUGUUGUGCAAGCAGCAAGUGAAAUACCGGUGUCGACGUCGCGUAGCCAGCUGCUGCCAGGCUCAUACGAUGGCGACAAGGCUGAGCUGCUUCGGGAAGACCUUUGGCUCUGUUAACGUUAGCCGGAUUUGUACUUUUUCUCUCCUGUUUUUAGUUGCACAGUGUCAUGUCUGUAAACACGAAGUACCUCAUCCUUCAGAGGUAAUUCACAAAGUGUAUAUAAAACCAGAAAGACUCACUAAAAGGAGCAUCGAUCAGCAAUUAAAUAUAAAGAUAAUUUAUGACCAAAGCGUUGAUGGGCUACCUGAAGACCAAGGGAAACUUGUUAAGGAAAAGCUAUUUCCUCAAGCAAUCGAUUAUCUUCAGAAAGCAUUCAGAGUCCGAAGACGAGCAGGGCCUGUACUACUCAGCAGACAAUGUGCAACCAAUCAGUACUUGCGGAAGAAAGAUGACCCUCAUCGUUACUGCCAGGGAGCCUGUGCACAGGUCACCAGAUGUGGACCAGUGGUUGUUCCAGAGCACCAUUUGCAGCAAUGUAAAGUGUGCAGUGAGACGGGCAAGUCGUGCGGGCCAGCCGGACCUCCUGAUGGUGUCGGGGUGGAGGGGGCGGACUUUGUGCUGUACGUGAGCGCUGUGACCACGGAGCGCUGUGGACAGGAGAACAUUGUGGCCUAUGCAGCCUACUGCCAGCUGGAGUCUGAGCUGGACAGACCCAUCGCUGGUUACGCCAAUCUGUGCCCCCGUAUGAUCUCCACCCAACCUCAGGAGUUUGAAGGCAUGCUGUCCACGGUCAAGCAUGAGAUCAUACAUGCCCUGGGUUUUUCAGCAGGGCUCUUUGCAUUCUAUCACGAUGAUGAUGGGAAACCACUUACCCAGCGCUUUGCCAGUGGCUUACCCGCCUUCAAUGAGAGUUUAGGACUGUUCCAGUGGAGCGAUAAGGUGAUUCGAAGGGCCACGCGACUAUGGGACAUUCGUGGCCAGCGAAUGGUCCGGCACGAAGUCUACCUCUUGGUGACCCCACGUGUGGUGGCGGAGGCCAGGAGGCACUUUGACUGCCCCAUCCUAGAGGGCAUGGAGCUGGAGAACCAGGGGGGUAUGGGGACCGAACUCAACCACUGGGAGAAGAGACUGCUUGAGAAUGAAGCAAUGACUGGAUCUCACACGCAGAACAGAGUGUUCUCAAGAAUAACACUAGCAAUAAUGGAGGACACGGGGUGGUACAGAGCAAACUACAGCAUGGCAGAGAACUUGGAAUGGGGCAAAGAUUUGGGAUGUGACUUUGUCAUGAAGAGCUGCAAAUUCUGGAUGGACCGUCAGCGGCAGACGAGGCGCAGUCUGACCCCAUACUGUGACUCUGUGAGGAGCACCCCCCUCCAGCUCACCUGCAGGCAGGACCAGCUGGCCGUGGCCGUGUGCAACCUGCAGAAAUACCCUCUGGCUCUCCCUCUGGAGUACCAGUAUUUUGACCAAAUUGCUGGUGUGCCAUCGUCGGAGCUGCCCUCGUACGGUGGUGCUGUAGAGAUCGCAGACUUCUGCCCGUUCAGUCAGGAGUUCAGCUGGCACCUGAGUGGGGAGUACCAGCGCAGCUCCUAUUGCCGCAUCCAGGAGAACCAGCCAGACGCAUGGAGGAAUUAUGGUGCAGAGCAGUAUGGGCCGAGCUCAGUGUGUCUGUACCAGAAGUCGCCCUUCACCAUGGAGCAGUGCACCAGGCGCAUGACCUACCCCGACUGGGGCAGCGGCUGCUACAAGAUGUCCUGCUCUGACAAAGGGCUGACUGUGUGGGUGCAAGGCCAGUCCUUUCUGUGUGUGCAAGCUGGCCAGCUCCUCAAUGUCAACGUGCGCUCCAACGACUGGGUGUACAGCGGCAUGCUGGUCUGCCCUGCCUGCUCAGACUUCUGCGGCUCCUGCCCCCUCCCACACCAGCUGCCGCCAAUCAACAACACACGGAGUGCUAAGAUUGACCCCUGCUCCAGCUCCUCCGGCCUGGUGGUGACUCUCUGGCUGCUGCUGCUAAACCUCACCCCUCUUCUGGCUGGGUACCUCCUGUGUGGCUAACAGGGGUUAGCUCAUCUCAUGAGCCUGGAGGGAGUCCAACCCGAGGGCAGACUCGCCAGCUCCCAGCCCGUGAACCUCACUUCUCCACUGGGACCCCGAUCCUGCUGCAGGGGGAGAGAACCUGAGUGCAGCAGGAUCACAAGGAAUAGCAGUUAACAUCCAUGGUCCCAACUGUAACAAGCAGGGCGGUACACCCAGCAGAGCCUGUGGCAGAGAGAUGCUGUAGGAAAAGCCAUUGAUUGCACUCCUUUAUAAUCUAGCUAAGUGCCAGUAUGUCAUAGUUCAAUGUCAGAAGCCAUAGGCUCCAGGGCUGGAGAGAUGCAGGUGUUCUCUUGAUGCGCAAGGUGCUAACUGACGUCCAACUGUCCAUCCAUCCCCAGUGAGAAGGUAGCAUUUUCUACAGUACUGGGGACAUGUCAGGCAAAUACCCUGUCCUCCUGCUGACCAAGAGUGGUGCUUUUCUGUUGAGGGAGAAAUAGACAAGCUUUUUUUGUUUUCUAUGAUGGUAAUGGAUUGGUAUGAAAGUUUUUCCGUAAUUGUGCAUUGGGUAAACAAUAAUUGUGGUAAAGACUCUAAAAUGUGCUGAGUUUUUAAAGAUGUUUAAUGUUGUUUUGUCUGGAAACUGGUGGGACGUGUGUCUGUGAGUUGUGUGCCUGAGAUUAGGCGAGUACUGUAAAACAACAUAUGUGAAUGUGAAGGACAUCAAGUUUAGCUACAGUACAAAUGGGACAAAAGAUUUUAGAUUUGCAUCAUGGCUCCUCAUGUUUUCCUUAGUUGAACAACCAGUAGUUCUGUUCAAUCAGAUCAUGUUAUGUUGAUUCCAAGAUAUUUAUUCACGCUCAUCUGUAGUAAUGUUUUGUUCAGUGGAGUUGAUUGAAUACAUUUUUUAUUCUGCACUCCAUUCUAUACCAGAUAUCAUGACUGCAAAUAUUUUGAAGUUGCUGAACAUUUAGAAAUGUAGAGAUGUUAAACAUGUCAAUUGCCUCAAGUUCUAGAGUGAAGUUAAACGGCAGAGGCCCAAAACUUCUGCUGUUUGUUUACAAAGAAUCAACUUGCUCUCCUCCUUGCAGACUGUUUAAUUCUUGACCCAUUUUUCCACCCUUCUAUUAAGCUCAUUUAUUUCCACAUUUAUUU